AGACUCUAGCGGCCGAGCCUGCAAGUCCGAGGUGAGAGGGCUGUGGCGGCCUGAGACGCGAGCGGUGCCGGCGGAGAAUUGAACAGGUCGAGGGUCCAGGGUGUCGGAGAGGAGAUAGCGCCGGGCUGGGACUCGAGCUGCGACGGCGCGGACCUGACCAGGUCGAGGCGACGAGGCACCCAAGGCGGCGGCGAGCGGCACACUCGGACUCGGGCGGCGCCGGCGCGCACCUGACCGGGUCGAGGCGACGAGGCAUCCAAGGCGGCAGCGAGCGGCACACUCGGACUCGGGCGGCGCCGGCGCGCACCUGACCGGGUCGAGGAGACGAGGCAUCCAAGGCGGCGGCGAGCGGCACACUCGGACUCGGGCGGCGCCGGCGCGCACCUGACCGGGUCGAGGCGACGAGGCAUCCAAGGCGGCGGCGAGCGGCGCCGGUGCGUACCUGACCAGGUCGAGGCGACGAGGGUUCCAGGCGGAAGCGAGCACUGGAGCAACCGCGCGAAGAAAGGUAACAUUUUUUCUCCGCCCCUAAGUUCCAAAUCGAGACGGCUACGGUUUGGGAAUCCGACCGUGUAUAGAAUUCAAAGUCUAAUCCUAGUAGAACACAACAUCUGCGGUACUUGGUUUCUCUAUAUCUUAUAUAUAUAUAGACGAACUAAUCCAACGUUUUGCCCUGUGCGGCACAAUUUUCAACAUGCUAUCGCUUGGCAUCAUGGGAGGGUCUAAGUUGGGGGUCGAGGCCUCGCGACAUUUGACAAGGGUUUGGCGAGAAAUAGAACCUGUGCUCUGGCUUGGAGCAACUGCUGGCUUGUGUUGGGCAGCGUGGAGGUACUACCGAUACCGUGCCUGCCUAUGCAGCUUCGGCCGGAAGAUGGGGGGAUCAUCGGGGGGCGAGGGCGAUCCAGUGAUCGGGCGUGACAAGGAGAUCGACCGGGUCAUAUGCAUUCUCUGCCGCCGGACCAAGAACUGCGCCGCGCUCGUCGGGGAGGCAGGGGUUGGCAAGACGGCCAUCAUCGAGGGCCUCACCCAGCGCAUUGCCAGUGGGAAAGUCCCUGCCAACCUCGCCGGAGCACGUGUGGUGGAGGUCGACCUCGGAGCCAUGCUGGCCGGGACUAGUCUCCGUGGCAUGUUUGAGGAGCGAAUCAACGACGUGAUAAAGAGUGCGGAGGCUGGGGAUGGCAAGGUGAUCCUGUUCAUCGACGAGAUGCACAUGCUUCUUGGUGCUGGCGACGUUGUCGGUGGCACGGACGCCGCCAACCUGCUGAAGCCGGCGCUGGCCCGUGGCCGCAUCCGCUGCGUGGGCGCCACCACUCUCAAAGAGUAUCACAGGUACAUUCAGACGGAUGCCGCACUCGAGCGGCGGUUCCAAAAGGUUCAUGUUAAGGAACCGAGCGUGCAGGCGACCGUCACCAUUCUGCAGGGGCUUAAACAGCGGUACCAAGACCACCAUGUCUUGGAAAUUCAGGAUGCUGCUCUGGUUGCUGCCGCAGAGCUUGCUGGCCGCUAUAUCACUGAUCGCCAGUUUCCUGACAAGGCAAUUGAUCUGAUCGAUGAGGCAUGCGCUGCCACAAGGAUGCUGGUUGACAGAGAAAGUGAAGCAACUGGCACCAGGAUGCAGAGUUACAACAAAAAAGAAGUGACUGCACAAAGUAGAUCCAUAAAAGCAGUGAAGAAAGGAAUUGUUGGUCCGAGUCAGGUCGCACAGGUUGUGAGCCUGUGGACUGGAAUUCCUGUCGCUGCUAUUGAUCGAGAGGAGAAGGAGAAACUACUACACUUAGCAGAAAAAUUGCAUGAGCGAGUUGUUGGCCAGGACGAGGCGGUCAAUUUGGUUGCACAGACGGUCCUACGUUCCAGAGUCGGCCUUGAUCAACCGGGCCAACCAAUAGGUUCUUUCCUCUUUUUGGGCUCGACUGGUGUUGGAAAGACAGAGCUUGCAAAAGCUCUUGCCGAGCAGCUAUUUGACAAUGAAAAUAUGUUGGUUCGCUUUGACAUGUCCGAAUAUGGUACGAAGGGAUCUGUGUUGCGCCUCAUUGGAGCACCUCCAAGCUAUUAUGGUUAUGACGAUGGAGGACAACUGACAGAAAAAGUCAAGAGUCACCCGUACAGUGUCAUCCUGUUUGAUGAGGUGGAGAAGGCGCAUCGCGAGGUGUACAAUGUUUUUCUUCAACUCCUUGAUGAUGGUUUGUUGACCGAUGGCAAAGGCCGAACAGUAGAUUUCAAAAACACCAUCAUCAUUAUGACCUCAAAUCUUGGGUCAAAGCACCUUGCAGCAGGAAUGGUUGGAAAGAACACAAUGCAAGAAACACACAAUCUUGUCAUGAAAGAGGUUCGGAAACGCUUCAAGCCCGAGCUUCUCAACAGGCUGAGUGAGAUUGUGAUAUUUGAGCCGCUUUCACGCGACAAACUGAAGGAGAUUGUGAAAAUCCAGAUGAAGGGCGCUGUUGCCAGAGUAGCCAAGAAGGGCAUCUCUCUACACGCGAGUGAUGCUGCAUUGGACGUUAUCUUGUCAGAGUCAUACGAGCCGAUGUACGGCGCAAGGCCUAUUAAAAGGUGGAUACAGAAGAAUGUGAUGAACACCAUCUGUGAGAUGCUUGUCAAGGGAGAAGCCGGCGAAGGCUCAACAAUCUCCAUUGAUGCCACCGACCACAACAAGGGGCUCAAGUAUGAAGUGGUGAAGAAGGCGGCAGAUCCUUCCGGCAACAUCUUGGUUCCAGCACCAGAGCCUCUUGCUUGCCCUGACGAGGAAAGCGAUGAUUCGGUCAUGGUCACUUCGUAAACAAAGUGUCUUGUGUAGUGAGUAGCGACACCCCUGAAAGCCAAGCUGGAUGAUGAAACUACUAAUGUUAGGAGCGGCCCUGCGUCGUUGUGUCUUUGACCAUUUCGAGCAAAUAGUAGUACUAGUAGAUCCCUGCAUCUGCACCCAAGUGCGUAAACAGUAUAUUCAGAAAAUAUAGCAAGCAAAUUCAAAAAAAGAAAAAACUGAUACUUUGUGA